AUGGACUUCAGCCCUCAAAAAAAGAAGGGAGCUGAACAUGGCCACAGAAGCUUCGAACACGACGACUACGAUGAGUUCAGAGCUGAAUCCACCGCCUCCAAACCAAAGCCCAAGAACAAGGCAGCAGAUCAUCAAUUAGAUCACAAGACGAGCCACCCGGCCGGCGCGGCGAAUAACAAUCCAAGCCAUGGCGGCGCAACCCACCACGCGACGGCGACGGUGCCGCCGCCGCACAUCUCGGAACCGACAGGUAACGCGAUCGCCGCGGCGACGGCGACCGCAGGCAGUAACGCUGCCACCGAAGCCGCCGGCAAUAAUGGCAGCAGCCUGGACAGCGGCGGCAGCGGCCCGCGGAGCAACAGCAUGGAGAGCAGCGGCGGCGGCAGCAGCAGCACCACCGCGUCGGCGCACGUCCGGCGGCACACCGGCGGCGACAGCCGGUGGGACGCAAUCCAGCUGGCGUCGUCGUCCCUGGAGGCGCCGCUGACCCUAUGCAACUUCCGGCUGCUGAAGCGGCUGGGGUACGGCGACAUCGGCAGCGUGUACCUGGUGGAGCUCCGCGGCGGCCAGUCGGCCUUCUUCGCGAUGAAGGUGAUGGACAAGGCGUCCAUCAUCAGCCGCAACAAGAUGGCCCGCGCGCAGACGGAGCGCGAGAUCCUGGGCCUCCUCGACCACCCCUUCCUCCCCACGCUCUACACCCACUUCGAGACCGACAAGUUCUACUGCCUCGUCAUGGAGUACUGCAGCGGCGGCAACCUCCACUCCCUCCGCCAGAAACAGCCCGGCAAGCACUUCUCCGAGCCCGCCGCCAGGUUCUACGUCGCUGAGGUGCUCCUCGCCAUGGAGUACCUCCACAUGCUGGGCAUCGUGUACAGGGACCUCAAGCCGGAGAACGUGCUGGUCAGGGAGGACGGCCACAUCAUGCUCUCCGACUUCGACCUCUCGCUGCGGUGCACCGUGUGCCCGACGCUGGUUAAGUCCUCGUCGGUGCACUCCACCUCCUCCGGGACCGUCGGCGGCGUGAGCAAAGACGCCGCGGCCGACGGUGACGUGAUCACCGCGAACCAGGGCGGGUGCAUCCAGCCGUCGUCCUUCUUCCCGCGCAUCCUGCAGCCACGGCGCAGCCGGAAGCCGUCCAAGAGCGAACUGGGGCUCGGCAGCGGACCGCCGGCGGUGGAGUUCAACGCGGAGCCGACGGACGCGAGGUCCAUGUCGUUCGUGGGCACGCACGAGUACCUGGCGCCGGAGAUCAUCCGCGGCGAGGGACACGGCAGCGCCGUGGACUGGUGGACGCUGGGGAUCUUCCUCUACGAGCUGAUCCACGGCUGCACGCCCUUCAAGGGCUCCGGCAACCGCGCCACGCUCUGCAACGUCAUCGAGCAGCCGCUGCGCUUCCCCUCCGACGCCGUCGGCGGCGGCCCCGCCGCCAGCUCCGUUGCCAAGGACCUCAUCCGCGGCCUGCUCGUCAAGGAGCCACAGAAGAGGAUCGCAUUCACCAGGGGCGCCACGGAGAUCAAGCAGCACCCCUUCUUCGAGGGCGUCAACUGGGCGCUCGUCAGGAGCAUGACGCCGCCGUCAGUGCCGGAGCCGGUGGACUUCCGGCAGUACGGGUCCACCAAGGAGAAGACGAAGGCGGCAGAGACAGCGGCUGUGGAGGCGGCGCCACCGGCUGGUCCUGUCGCAAAGCCAAACUCUGGCGACUCUUAUACGGAUUUUGAGUACUUCUAGGACCUGCACUGUCGAAAUGCAUAUUCUUACGACUCACUGUACAAGGUUAGAUUAUCCUGAU